AUGAUAAAAUGUUUUGGAAAAUUGAGAGGAAUAAUUAUUCUGUUUAGUUUUUUUUUGUUUGCUGAGAAGGGGGUCAAUAGUUUGGCCUGGAAUAAAAUAUCAAAAAUGGCUAGUUCACCAUUAAUUAGAGAUAUACCAUUUUUAAAUGGUUAUAAAAAAAAUGAAGGAAAACAAAUAUAUACAAAGAGAGACAUACCAUACACAGAAACAUAUCAAUAUACAAAUCAAGUGGAAAAUAAAAGUAGGAAAGAUACAAAAAGAAAUUUGUUUUUUUUUUUUUUAAAAAAUAACACACUUUCACAUUUGAACAAAAUCAAGGUGCGAAAUAAAACGUUUUCAAGUCAUCACACCAUAAGCAAUAGAAAUAUUUUUGCCAAAAAUCAAAAAAAAAUCAUAACCAUGCAUGCUUAUUCUUCGGACGAAAAAAAUGACAUAAACAAUGGUAGCAUAAAAAAUGGUGACAUAAAAAAUGGUGACAUAAACAAUGGUAGCAUAAAAAAUGGUGACAUAAAAAAUGGUGACAUAAACAAUGGUAGCAUAAAAAAUGGUGACAUAAAAAAUGGUGACAUAAAAAAUGGUGACAUAAAAAAUGGUGACAUAAACAAUGGUGGCAUAAAAAAUGGUGACAUAAAAAAUGGUGGCAUAAAAAAUGGUGACAUAAAAAAUGGUGACAUAAAAAAUGGUGACAUAAACAAUGGUGGCAUAAAAAAUGGUGACAUAAAAAAUGGUGACAUAAAAAAUGGUGACAUAAAAAAUGGUGACAUAAACAAUGGUAGCAUAAAAAAUGGUGACAUAAAAAAUGGUGACAUAAAAAAUGGUGACAUAAACAAUGGUAGCAUAAAAAAUGGUGACAUAAAAAAUGGUGGCAUAAAAAAUGGUGGCAUAAAAAAUGGUGGCAUAAAAAAUGGUGACAUAAAAAAUGGUGACAUAAAAAAUGGUGGCAUAAAAAAUGGUGGCAUAAAGGAAAUAUCAAAAAUCGACACAUCUCAAAACCCCAUAAUAGAUAAGGAAAAUAAUAUUUUACCAAAUGAAGACAAAGAAGAAGAACGAAAUAAAAAGAGACAAUUUUUGACAGAUACAAAAUAUUAUAAACGAAGCAAAUAUUCUAAAGCAGGAAAAAUAAAUAUAAAAAAUAAUCUCGAUAAUACAAUAUAUGAUAAUAAUCAACUUUUUAGUAAUAUAAUACAAAAUGAUGAUAAUAUAUUAACAUAUGUAGAAUCAUUGGAAGACUUAAAAAAUUUAAAAAAAAAAAAUAAUAAUAUAAACGCUAGUAAUAAUAAUCUUCCAGAUCUUUUAAUAAAAAAUUAUUAUGCAGAUUCUAUGAGACCAAAUGAUUUAGAUUUUAUUAAAAAAAAUAAUUAUUUAGAAAAUAAUAUAAGUACUACUAAUCAUUCACAAACAAGCCAAAUCAAAAACGUGGAAAAAAAUAUCGGCAAAAAUAUAAACAAAAAUAAUAUCUCAUUUAUAAAUGAAUUUUCUGUUAUUGGUGAAAUUGUAGGAGUACAUGGAUUACAAGGAUGCCUAAAAGUAGUAAGUUUUACAACUUUUAAUGAUAUUAGAUUUAAAGAAAAUAGUUAUCGUUAUAUUUUUAUGAAUUCCUAUCCAUAUCCUAUACCUAUAAAAAUCACAUAUGUAAAAGAAUCAUUAAAAAUUGGAUUUCUUUAUAUUAAAAUUGAAAAAAUAUAUUCACGAACUGAUGCCUUAAGAUUAAAAGGAUGUCUUAUAUGUGAUGAUAAAAAAAAUUUUCCAGAUAUUGGUGAAAAUAAAUAUAUAUCUACAGAUUUGAUUAAUUUUGAUAUAUAUAUUUUUAAUGAUUCUACUAAUAUACCAAUAGGAACUGUUUUUUCUUUUGUUUCUAAAUAUGACUACAUAUGUAAUAAAGCAGUACAAGAUAUUUCUGAAGAUUUAAUUAAAAUUGAGCUUAAUCAAAAUGUAUCAAUAAAUAAAAUAUUUAACAUUUUAAAGGCUAGCCAAGCUAGCGAAAAUACUCAAAAUUUAAGAAAAAAACAUGCACCUAUUAAGGUACUUAUCAACCGUAAAAAUUUUAAUCUUUAUCAAACUGAAGAAAAAAUAACUGAAGAAAAAAUAACUGAAGAAAAAAUAACUGAAGAAAAAAUAACUGAAGAAAAAAUAACUGAAGAAAAUUUUGAUACUAAUGAAUCAGAUAAAAUAAAAGGAGACAAAAAUUAUUACAAUUCAUUAGAAAAUUUUGAAGGAUAUUCAUAUAAAAAAAUUUAUAAAUGUGAUUUUUGUGAUGAUAUUUAUGAUAAUUUAAGAGAAGCAACUAAACAUGAAAAUUCACAUUUUCAACAUGACGAAGAAAUUUUGUUUCAUUCUUCUGACGCCAAUACCAAUAAGGAAUCCCUUUAUGAAUUGACUGAAAAUGAAUUAAAGAAUAUUAAAAAAAAAAUUAAUUAUUUCUUUGUUCCAAUAAUAAAAGAAAAAACAAUAAGAUUGGUACAUUAUGAACACAAAAAAAUUUACCUAGAUAUAUCUACCAUCUUUUUGUUAGAUAACCCCAAAUAA